AUGCAGCUAUUGAAAGAACCAAAUGGUAUUCCGAUGGACAUCGUUGAAGCACAGCCACUGAAGCUGGAUUCAAUCUACGAGAGAAUCCGCCACUUCGCCGCCGGCAACGCGGUGGUGAUCUUCACUAUCAGCGGCUGUUGCAUGUGCCACGUGGUGAAGCAGCUCCUCUUCGGCCUCGGCGUAGGCCCCACCAUCGUCGAGCUCGACCACGACACUGCCGGCCGAGAAAUUCAUGCUGUCCUCUACCACCUCGCCGGCGGCGAUCCAAAACACCAGCCUCUCCCUGCGGUCUUCAUCGGUGGCAAGUUCUUGGGUGGCAUCGAGACUGUCAUGGCCUGCCACAUCAACGGCACUCUCGUCCCCCUCCUCAAGGACGUUGGAGCUCUCUGGCUCUGA